AUGUAUCUCGUAAAUGGUGUCGUCUGGCUACUACGCGUAUACCUGGAGCUAUUGCUGUCCAUCCCACGUCUACUACUGGAGUUCAACUUAGCGUGGAACCCUUUCGUAAUUUUUGCCAACCGAGCGUUACAACGUUUUCUGACAUACAUCACGAAUGCAAUGGUCGACAAUGACGGUUUGCGCUGGCUGCAGCCUGGAGAGCGUAAUGGAGAACGCGUCGCAAUCGUGAGUUAUCCGCGCUGCGGGAACUCGCUCAUGCGUAGCUUACUCGAGAAGGUCACAGGCGUCUACACAGGCUGUGAUACCCGUCCUGACCGCUUGCUCAGCAAGGAGCUACAAGAGUAUGGAAUGAAAGGUGAAGGGGUCGUGGACGAGUCGGUAUGGUUUGUCAAGACACACUUUCCUGAACGUGUGGGCUACAAGAGCUUUCCCGCCAAAAAAGCAAUUUUGGUUGUGCGUAAUCCCUGGGACACCAUUGAUUCAUACUUUAAUAUGACCCUUACCAAUACGCACAACAAAAGCAUACACGAAUCACAGUACAAGCGUUUUGCAGACAGGUGGGAUAAAAUGUUACGUAAUGAGAUCGAUGUUUGGAUGAAGUUUUAUCGCUAUUGGACAACAAAAGUAGAUAUUCCGAUUAUUGUUGUUCGCUACGAAGACUUGAUUCUGCAUCGUAAGGAAACGCUUCAUCGUGUGUUUCUUUUUUUGACAGGCCGUAAGAAUCUAGAAGGCACGGAGUGGGAAAAGCGGAUAUAUGAUGUGAUAGCCACUGGUGACGAGACUGGGCCGUACAAACCUCGAAGUGGGAAGAUUGGCGGGUCUUUUCGGCACUACUCAAAAGAGCAGUUUGAGCACAUACUGAGGAUAGCAAAUUUGCCACUGCGUGGGUUCGGCUAUGACCCUGAGACACAAAACUUCCCAACGGAAAUAUCACUCCCAAAGCGGCAGGUCAAGCCAGGCAAGGAAGGGGCUGAGCUACUAAUAUCUAUUGAUCAAGCGAUGGAGAUUCGCAAGUCAAAUGAUACGUUUGGUCGUGGCUCGACUUAUUUCCGACGAGCGCUUACGGACCCAAUCAUCGCCAAUGACGGCACCGAGCUCAAUAUGGACGAGGUGAUUGCCGCCAGGGAGCGGUUGCAUAAAAAUAAAGGAUAA